UAGAUCAUACUCAAAUAAUGUGUUUCUUCGUCUCAAUCUAGUCGCAAUAUCUUUGUCGUUUAAUUCUGUCCAAAAAUGAUCAUUGAGGGAGAGGGAGUAGCAAAUCAUAGCAGCCAGAAGCAAAUUGUGUCAGAUUUUCGUUGAAAAUACUAUUUAGUCUUUCGUCCCGGCAAUUUAUCCGUCAGAAGAUGAUCAUCUGUGAACUUCAGUUGAGUCAUGAAUACUCAUCAAACUUCAUUGUGGACUUUACUAGAACGAGGAUCAGAUAUUAAGACAAAGAACCAAGCGAAAGUGCUCCAUGCUCGUAUGAUCAGAACAAUAUGGCCAAUUUCAGUACCUUUCUACUCCAAAAUCCUUUCCAUCUACUCAAAAUUCAAUCUUUUGGAAUAUGCUUUAGCCCUUUUCAACAAACUUGAUUCCCCGCAACCCACCAAGGCCUGGAAAUCCAUAGUAAAAUGCUACGCUUCCAGGGGUCGUUUCUCGAGCUCUGUAAUUUCUUUUAUUGAUAUGAAGGCUGCUGGACGCAUCCCCGAUCGGAAUGUGUUCCCUUCUGUGUUGAAAUCGUGCGUGCAUUUGAGGGAUUUAAAGCUUGGUGAGAGUGUUCAUGGGUGUAUCAUUAGGCUUGGUUUGGAUAGUGAUCUUUAUACUGGGAAUGCGCUCAUGAAUAUGUAUGCAAAGUUACAGCUCUCGGGGAAUGACAUGAACGUGUUCGAUGAAAUUUCUCAGAGAAUGAUUGGGCUUCCUAAUAAUGUUAUGAAUGGAGGAUAUGGUUUGGGAUACAAUGGCAAUGAAAGGAUAACAUGUGUUAGUUCUGAAGAGAGUAGAAAGAUGGGAUCUUUUGGAAUGAAUCCUGUCAGGAAAGUUUUUGAAACCAUGCCUCUAAGAGAUGUGGUCUCAUGGAAUACAGUUAUCGGGGGACAGGUACAAAGUGCGAGUUUCAAGGAAGCUUUAGUUAUGCUAAGGGAAAUGGGAAAUGCUGGUUUGAAGCCUGAUUCAUUUACUCUGUCUACUGUGCUUCCUGUCCUUACUAAGUGUGCUGAUGUUGUGAAAGGAAAGGAAAUUCAUGGUUUUGCCAUGAGGCAUGGUUUCAGUGGAGAUAUCUUUAUGGGAAGUAGUUUGAUUGAUAUGUAUGCAAGUUGCACGUGCGUAGAGGAUGCAUAUAAACUGUUUUGUUCGUUACCUCAGCAUGAUCAUGUUUCCUGGAACUCAAUUAUAGCAGCAUGUGUGCAUAAUGGUAUGUUUGAUGAUGUAUUGAAAUUGUUCAGGCAGAUGGUAAGGGUUAAUAUUAGGCCUGUGGAGCAUUCGUUUUCCAUAAUAAUGCCAGCUUGUGCUCAUCUGACUACCCAACAUUUGGGGAAGCAGCUUCACUCAUACAUAAUUAGAGCGGGAUAUGCAGAGAACAUAUAUGUGGCCAGCUCAUUGGUGGACUUGUACGCCAAAUGCGGGCACAUAAAAACAGCUCGAUGGAUCUUUGAUAACAUGGAAAUACAAGACUCUGUUGCUUGGACAGCCAUGAUCAUGGGUUACGCAUCCCACGGACAUGCUGCUGAUGCCAUCUCGUUAUUUGAGAAAAUGCAGAUGGCUGGAGGGCGCCCCAAUCCUGUGGUUUUUGUGGCAGUUUUGACUGCCUGUAGCCACGCCGGAUUGGUUGAUGAAGCUUCGAAAUAUUACGAUCACAUGACAAAAAAUCACGGGAUUGUUCCCUGGUUGGAACAUUACAAUGCCCUAGUUGAUGUUCUUGGUCGCGCAGGAAGGCUGGAAGAAGCUUACAACUUCAUCUGUUCCAUGCAUAUCCAUCCAACCGCGGCUGUUUGGUCCGCGCUACUGUCUGCAUGCCGAGUUCACAAAAAUAUUGAUUUGGCUGAGAAGGUUGCCGGAGAAAUAUUUAGGAUUGACCCUAAAAAUACAAGCGCUUAUGCACUGUUAUCAAGUAUGUACAGCAAUGCUGGGAGGUGGAAAGAGGCACAGAAGCUAAGAGCUAAAAUGAGAAGUAAAGGGAUGAUAAAGGCAUCAGCUUGUAGCUGGGUCGAAGUCAAGAACAAGGUUCAUGCUAUUGUGGCUGGAGAUGAAUCACACCCUCAUUAAUUAGUUCCAUGAGGCAUUGAAGAUACAUUAGAAACCGGUAAAACGAGAAAGGGUACAUUGUCAAUAAUUGUAGUUCAACUGAUCUUCAACAUUUAAAGAGGAGCAAAAGAGAUAUAUUAUCAUAUACUACUAUCUCUUAACAAAUGAGUGACUUAUACACACAUAUAUUACUUACAUAAUUUUAUCUCAUAACAUUUUGGAGG